AUGUUCAAAUCAAAGAAGCAAAAGCAAGACCGCCGUCGUGGCCGUCAGACAAAAAUCCCAGAUGGCAAGUCGCCCAAAAGUCUGCGCAGUGCGCCUGACGGUCGCUAUGCUAAACAUGAGUUUCUACAGGGUGAUUCUGCUCAUGGCCAGCCUAAUAGCUCGGCCGACGCGGCGAAACACGAGCGUCUGAUGCGACUUCAAAUGGAUGAUCUAGGCACGGCUCGACGUGAACGGCUAUCCACUGAAGAUGACCCCCGAAACAUCCAUCGUGUCCAGCACGAAGUCCUUGAAGCGAGUCGGGAAUCUAACAUUCCUGGUACAGAGGCUUUUAGAAGAGCCAGCCAGAACCGGACCGCACUGGCAGGUUGGGCAAACGCUGGGAAGAUCGUUGCGACCAAAGAAACAAGCUACGAACAACUCGCAGACAUUGGCGGCGGCCAGUCUCAUCGUGCCGCUCUCAAUGCUCGUCUUGCGGAAGCCCGAAGCUUUCACAAUGAGUCCACGCGCAAUGCAUCUGCAAAGCAUGCCCGUGGUAAUUCCAGAGCCAGGACCCAGGCUGCACAUGUUCAUCGUCACGUCACUCCUGUCACCACCAGGGCCAGUCCCAUACCCGUCGCGGGCCAUUUUCGUCUCCGGUCUCCCCCAGACAAUGCAACUACAUCGGGCAGGGAACAUAUUGCGAAGAGUCACGAUAGUUCAUCCAAGUCGUCUUCUCAAGGAGGUGGCUCUCUUGAAGCACGCGGCCAUGGCCAUGACCAUGCCCCGCAGGGACCUGGGGUCGAAGCAGUGAGAAGCCGGGCUGAUACCACGUCUCGCAGAAAGAUUGGAAACUGGGCAAGCAAUAUCUCAAGCCCGCAGGUUUUUCUGGACAAUCUUCGACAGCAUGGCCACCUAGCGGUUCCACCUCCUGGCACCCGGACACCACCCAAGCCGGUUCAGUCUACCUCUCGACCCAUCCGGUCUUCUUCUCGGUCCCCUCGUGUCGUUUGGACGCCACUUCGGUCUGCUUCUCGGCAUUCUCAGUCUGUUACGCUGCCCGCUCAGAGUUCUCCAGUCUUGAUCCAGCCUGAUCUUCAUCAGUCCGUACCUCAGCCUACACCUCAGCCUAUUUCUCACUCUAUUCCUCAGACUUCUCAGCCUAUCGCUCAAAAUAGAGCUACAGGAGAUCCCACUUUGGACUCAGCUACCAGCAACGCGUCCGCCCUUGAAAUUUCUUGCCAGUCUACAACUCCUCCGCCGCGGCGAAUGUUGGUGCCGACCUCUCGUCAGCCACGCAAAACCGACCUUUCUAAGUCCAUGUCCGAUUUGCCCCUACAAGGGAAUCUUUUGCUGGAUUUCGAAGACACUGGUGAGGCCAAAAUGCAUAUGCAAGGCCAAAAGAGACAAAUAACUUCUGAUUACCCCGAAUUGAUGGGCUUGGAUUUCAAGGAACCUCCGCUUCUGGACUGGUCGACUUCUGUCACUCCAGCAAGGCCAAAUCAGACACCUGCGGAAAUUGGAGCUGCGAUCUGGGCUGAGGCUCUUGACUUCAAUCGUGCUCGUGGCAAUUCUGCGCUUGAAAAAAGUAUCCUCGGUGAAUCACACUCUCGUGACAACGGUCCUCCUGCGACACCCGCGUUUGGAAGCAGUAUUUUUGUUGCCUCUCAUUGUGAUGAGAAACUCAUUCCAGUCGGAGAUAAUCCAUUCUUUUUCCCUACCCCUUUGGUGCCUACGACUGAGAACGCCUCGCUCCAAAGCAACCUUUUCUCAAUUAUUGCCUGCAUAGGCCAGGAGCACAAGAACGCCGUCCGCGAUAUUCACUCCUCAACCACGUGUCAGUCUCUUUAUCAACCUCUCUUCAAUAGCUACCGUUCUCCAGGUGAUACUCCCUUAUCUGGAGCAUCUAAGAAGAGCAAAGCUCGCGAUAUUCCUUCGCCUUCGCUCUUGUCGCCUGAUAAAGGAAAGCAUGCUUAUUUCACUUCUGGCUUUGAGAGAUUGCGUGUUUCAGAGUCCCCCACUCGUGUGAAUGCCGCUAUCCCUAAGCUUCCUGCUGUUCCUACGCCUGUCGAUGGGCCCAGGAUCGUUGGGACCUUGCGUCACUCUCGAUGGGCAGAGCCACGGCUCAAGCAUCACGAAAUCGAGAAUUCCAAGUCGAAAGUGAUUGGUGUAUGCGCUUCCCUAGAGUCACAAUAUUUGCAUCGUCAUCAUUCUGUCUGGGAACACCCAGAGAAGUGGGAACCCAGGACUAAGGUUCCACGUACUACCUCCGAACCUGCUGCGACGCAGCCCGCACAAACUCAGGGUCAACAGCAAGUUCCUGCCUCUACGGCCCUGAAUAAUUUGGGCUCACCUCGUGCUCUUUCACGGGCUCUUGGUCCUGCCUUGGGUCCUGUGAAGAUGAUAUCCCAGCAACUGGGUGAUCUCAAUCAGGCAUCCCGGCGUGAAAACCGAAACUCGUCGGCUGGUAGCGUUACUUUUGUUGCUAACUCCUCCUGGUUCACUCCCACGGACACACAUUGUCAGUCUAGUCCAAGACCCAAAGCCAUGGGUCUCGAGCCGUACAACCUAUCGACCAAGACAGCAACCCAGUCUCAGCGGCAAGCUCCCAACACCACGGACUUCAAUGAUUUAAGUCUACCGCGCGCUCCUCCUCGGGUCCUUGGUCCUGCCCCAGUCCCUAUGAGUGUGUGGUCCCAGCGACAGGAUGACCUCAGACGGGCCGUGCUGCUUGAGAACCAGAACACGUCUACCGGUAAAAUCGCUUCCACUACUAGCUCCACUCAGUCUAUUGCCCUGAGCGCCAAAAGCCAGUCUAGUCUGAGACCCAAGCCUAAGGCCAAGGGUCUCGAGCCAUACAACCCUUCCAGCAAGAAACAUGGCGACUGA